AGCGUUACAGAGGCGCAUCAUUUCGGCUCUGAAGGAAGAAGGACAGCUGAGCAGAAGGAGCAACGGGGAGAGAGAGAGAGAGAGACAGGAGGAGAAAGAGACAGAAAGAGACAGAGGGAGUUAAAGAGUGAUCCCGGCUGAUUUGGUCGUUUUUUUACGACUUUCUCCUUGAACCAAAUGGCUGUAUGAGAAACUCGGUUUUUCCAUCUCCUCCUCCUUCUCUCCUCCGGGACGUAAGAGUUUUCACCGUGUCGCUGUAAAGAAGCAAGAAAAGAAAAGGGGAAAGGCAAAGCGCUCCGCGUGUCUCCAGCCCAGUGUUUAUUCGAGUCCGUCGCACGCGCGACAUGGAUAGCAUAAUCAAGUGGAAGGCGAAACGGAGGCUGAAGGGCGCGCGGCUUGCGCUCGGGAUGCUUGUCCUUUUCGCCGCAGCAACCACGUCGACACGCGCCGGCUCAGCGGAUCCAGCAGAUCUUCUAAAGAUUUUAGAUUUUCCCAGUUUGCCUGAGGGAGUAACAAAAACAACGGGUUUCUGCACGCACAGAAGGUCAUCAAAAGGACCAGACGUAGCCUACAGAGUAACCAAAGAUGCCCAGCUCAGCGCUCCUACCAAACAGCUCUAUCCCUCAUCUGUUUUUCCAGCUGAUUUCUCCAUCGUAGCGACCGUGCGAGCAAAGAAAGGUAGUCAAGCCUUCCUGCUGUCUAUCUAUAAUGAGCAGGGCAUGCAGCAGCUGGGUAUUGAGGUGGGCCGCUCUCCUGUCUUCCUGUAUGAGGACCACCUUGGCAAGCCAGGGCCCGAGGACUACCCGCUCUUCAGAGGUGUAAACCUGGCGGACGGAAAGUGGCACCGCGUGGCAAUUAGCGUUCAUAAGCAGAGUGUUACGAUGAUCCUGGACUGUAAGAAGCAGACAACACGCACUCUGGCGAGAAGCCCGAAACCAAUAAUUGACACCAAAGGCAUUGUGGUGUUUGGCACACGCAUCUUGGAUGAGGAAGUGUUUGAGGGCGAUAUUCAACAGCUGAUGAUUAUAGCAGACCACCGUGCUGCAUAUGACUACUGUCAACAUUAUAGCCCAGAUUGUGAGGUUCCCGCUCAGGAGCAGCCACAAAACCAGGACCCCAACACUGAUGAAUAUAACACAGAAGAUGACACUUACUACUAUGAGUACCCAUACUAUGAGGACGUGGAUGGAGAGAAGGCAGAGGAUUCAUUAUCCAGCACUGGAGGCAACACCAGGGAAACUGUGACCACAGUCGUCGAAGGAACAGGUUCAAGUUCUGGCAGUUCCUCAAGCAGUUCUUCCAGAGGUUCUUCAAGCAGUUCCUCAAGCACUCCUUCCAGAGGUUCUUCAAGCAGUUCCUCAAGCACUUCUUCCAGAGGUUCUUCAAGCAGUUCAGGUAGUUCUGUAAGCAGCUCUUCAACCGGCAGCUCUACCACAGCAACUGGCAGUGAAUCCUACGACGGCUACGACGGAUAUGACACUGGCUACGAGACGUACUACGAUGAGUCAACUUCCCAGCCUGAUUCCUCGAUUACAAUCACAAGCACAGGCACAGGUGACCUUAAUCUGGGUUUGGGAGGUGACAAAGAGAGGCACACCAUCACCUCUGUGGGACAUGGCGAAGGACUUAUUCACACGUCCAGCUCAUCUGGUUCUAGCUCUGGCCCUGGUUCUACGACAAGAAUAAGCUCAGGUUCUAGCUCCAGCACUGGUUCUGGCUCUACUACGGGAACUUCUGUUUCCAGUUCCAGUACUGGAUCCGGCUCAGUUUCCACUUCCAUUACAGGAUCUAGCACCAGCUCUAGUUCCAGCUCGGUGGACAAUUAUGACAACCCGUACGGUUCCGAAGUGAACUAUGGAGAAUACGAGGGCUACAGCGAGGGCGAGGACACCGUUGGAGGAGGAAGCAGCAGCAGUACCGUAUCUGUAGGAGGCGGAUCUGUUUCCGUUGGGGGCGGGUCUGUUUCAGCUGGAGGCGAAUCAGUCUCAGUUGGGGGUGGAACCAUUUCUGUGGGAGGUGGUUCCGUUUCUGUGAGUGGAUCUGCUGGAGGUGGAUCUGCUAGUGCUGGGGCCGGUGCAGGGGCGGGAUCUGUUUCCACAGGAGGAGGGCAGACGGGAGCUAAAGGCGAUGUGGAUUUUACAGAUUUGGAUGGAUUCAAAGAGGAGUCUAUUACAGAUUUAAAUAAAGUCGACCUAGAGGAUAUUUACAAAGACUACAGUGACUACUACGAAGAUAAAGUCUUGCCCGCUAAUACUGACGAUUACCAGGUUGGGGCCAGAGGAGAGAAAGGACAGAAAGGAGAGCCAGCCGUGAUUGAACCGGGAAUGCUAGUAGAAGGCCCUCCUGGUCCAGAAGGCCCAACUGGUCUUCCUGGUCCUCCAGGAAUGUCGGGUUCUCCAGGCACCUCCGGAGACACUGGAGAGAGGGGUUCUCCUGGUCGCUCUGGUCUUCCUGGAGCUGAUGGUUUGCCCGGACCCCCAGGGACCGUCCUGAUGUUGCCUUUCCGCAUGAGUACAGGCGGAGAUGCUGGCCAUAAAGGACCUGCAGUUUCUGCCCAAGAGGCUCAGAUGCAGGCCAUCAUGCAGCAAGCCAGGUUGGCGAUGAGAGGUCCAACCGGUCCAAUGGGUUUGACUGGACGUACUGGACCUCUGGGUUCACCUGGAGUUUCUGGACAUAAGGGUGAGAGAGGAGAACAGGGAUCACAGGGGCCUCGUGGUCCUCUGGGCUCUCUUGGCCCUCCUGGAAAGCCUGGCAGAAGAGGCCGUCCUGGGUCAGAUGGAGCCAGAGGCAUGCCAGGACUAACCGGAACAAAGGGAGACAGAGGUUUUGAUGGUCUGGCCGGAUUACCAGGUGAAAAGGGACACAGAGGUGAAUCGGGGCCUCAUGGACCUCCAGGACCCACUGGAGAGGAUGGAGAAAGAGGAGAUGAUGGCGAAGUCGGACCUAGGGGUCUGCCCGGUGAACCAGGUCCCCGUGGUUUGUUGGGACCCAAAGGACCUCAAGGACCUCCAGGUUCUCCUGGUGUGACAGGAAUGGAUGGCCAUCCUGGUCCCAAAGGAAGCAUUGGUCCUCAAGGUGAGCCUGGCCCUCCUGGACAGCAAGGCAACCCUGGUGCUCAGGGUCUUUCAGGGCCUCAAGGAGCCAUCGGACCACCAGGAGAGAAGGGUCCAACAGGAAAACCAGGUUUGCCAGGCAUACCAGGAGCUGACGGACCUCCAGGUCACCCAGGAAAGGAAGGUCCAUCGGGUGAGAAAGGACACAUGGGACCAUCUGGAGCACAGGGACCAAUCGGCUAUCCUGGACUCAGAGGUGUUAAGGGUGCUGAUGGAGUUCGUGGGCUGAAAGGACACAAGGGUGAAAAGGGAGAAGAUGGUUUCCCUGGAUUUAAAGGAGAUAUGGGUAUCAAGGGUGACCGGGGUGAGCUUGGACCUGCAGGACCCAGAGGAGAAGACGGUCCUGAGGGACCUAAAGGACGAUCUGGUCUCCCUGGAGAUUCUGGCCCACUUGGAUCAACUGGAGAAAAGGGCAAGCUCGGUGUUCCUGGAUUGCCAGGCUACCCAGGAAGACAAGGAGCUAAGGGUUCUCAAGGAUUCCAAGGUUUUCCAGGAGCUAAUGGAGAAAAGGGAACAAGGGGCACAUCAGGAAAGCCUGGACCCCGAGGGCAGCGAGGACCCACUGGCCCUCGUGGAGAGAGAGGACCAAGGGGACCCACAGGGAAAGCAGGACCAAAGGGCAACUCAGGAAGCGACGGCCCCCCUGGACCACCUGGUGAACGGGGUAUGACAGGACCUCAGGGACCAACUGGAUUUCCUGGACCUAAAGGGCCUCCUGGACCACCUGGAAAAGAUGGACUGCCCGGGCACCCCGGUCAGAGAGGAGAAACGGGUUUCCAAGGUAAAACUGGACCUCCUGGACCACCCGGUGUGCUAGGCCCUCAGGGAUCAACCGGUGAGACUGGACCAAUGGGAGAACGCGGUCACCCUGGACCUCCUGGACCCCCAGGUGAACAAGGUCUGCCUGGACCUGCUGGAAAAGAGGGCGCAAAGGGAGAUCCAGGUCCUGCUGGCCCUGCUGGUAAAGAUGGACCCCAAGGACUGCGAGGUUUUCCUGGAGAGAGAGGAUUACCCGGACCUGUUGGAGCACCUGGUUUGAAAGGAAAUGAAGGACCACUCGGCCCACCUGGACCUGCUGGAUCUCCUGGUGAACGAGGUCCAUCUGGUCCAGCUGGCCCCACUGGACCCCCAGGACGACCAGGACCUCAGGGACCUCCAGGCCCUGCUGGAGAGAAAGGAGGACCAGGUGAGAAAGGACCUCAAGGCCCUGCUGGUAGAGAUGGUAUUCAAGGACCUGUCGGAUUGCCGGGCUCUCCUGGACCCCUUGGACCUCCAGGGGAAGAUGGAGAUAAGGGUGAAAUUGGUGAGCCUGGACAGAAAGGAAGCAAAGGAGACAAAGGAGAACAGGGUCCUCCUGGGCCAACUGGACCCCAAGGUCCCAUUGGUGCUCCCGGUCCUGCUGGAACUGAUGGUGAGCCCGGUCCUAGAGGACAGCAGGGUUUGUUCGGUCAAAAAGGAGACGAAGGACCACGAGGAUUCCCUGGACCUCCAGGACCUAAUGGCCUUCAGGGUUUGCCUGGACCUCCUGGUGAGAAAGGAGAGACCGGAGAUGUCGGGCACAUGGGUCCCCCUGGACCUCCAGGUCCCAGAGGCCCCUCUGGACCUCCAGGAGCUGAUGGACCCCAGGGCCCCCCAGGAGGCAACGGAAACCCUGGAGCAGUGGGAGAAAAGGGAGACCAAGGUGAAGCCGGAGAGCCCGGUCUGCAAGGAGAUGUUGGUUCUCCGGGUCCAAGAGGGGAGCGAGGCGAGAAAGGAGAGUCUGGACCUGCCGGUGCUGCUGGUCCUCCUGGACCUAAGGGCCCUCCUGGAGAUGAUGGACCUAAAGGAAGUCCGGGUCCAAGCGGUUUUCCUGGUGACCCUGGACCUCCUGGAGAGCCUGGUCCAGCUGGUUUGGAUGGUCCUCCUGGUGACAAGGGUGAUGAUGGAGAAGCUGGUCAGCCGGGAUCUCCAGGGCCAACUGGUGAAUCUGGACCAACUGGGCCUCCCGGAAAGAGAGGUCCUCCUGGAGCAGCAGGACCUGAAGGACGACAGGGAGAAAAGGGAGCUAAGGGUGAGUCUGGUCUCGAUGGUCCACAGGGUAAGACAGGUCCAGUUGGACCCCAAGGGGCUCCUGGCAAGCCUGGUUCUGAAGGACUGAGAGGAAUUCCAGGCCCAGUAGGAGAACAAGGUAUGCCUGGCUCACCUGGACCUGAUGGACCCCCUGGACCCAUGGGUCCUCCUGGGCUGCCUGGUCUGAAGGGAGACACUGGUGUUAAGGGAGAGAAGGGUCACCCAGGUCUGAUUGGUUUGAUUGGGCCUCCUGGAGAGCAGGGAGAGAAGGGAGACAGAGGACUUCCAGGAUCACAGGGAUCAUCUGGAUCUAAAGGAGACACUGGUAUUACUGGCCCUGCAGGACCUCUGGGACCCAUCGGACCUCCUGGAUUACCUGGCCCUCCUGGUCCUAAAGGAGCUAAAGGAUCAUCCGGUCAGACAGGACCGAAGGGAGAAAUUGGAGUUCCAGGACCUCCAGGUCUACCGGGUCCGCCAGGCGAUGUCAUCCACCCACUGCCCAUCCAGUCAAGCAUGAAAGGUCGAGCACGGAGAAACAUCGAUGCCAGCCAAUUGGCAGAUGAUGCACCUGAUGCCAACUACAAGGAUUAUGAUGACGGCAUGGAGGAGAUCUUUGGCUCUCUCAACUCACUCAAGCUGGAAAUUGAGCAGAUGAAGCACCCACUGGGCACCAAGGCAAACCCUGCACGUACCUGCAAAGACCUACAGCUCUGCCACCCUGACUUCCCAGAUGGUGAAUACUGGAUUGAUCCAAACCAAGGCUGCUCACGAGACUCUUUUAAGGUUUACUGCAACUUCACAGCUGGUGGAGAGAGCUGUAUUUUCCCAGAUAAAAAGAGUGAAGGGAGCAAAAUGGCUCGCUGGCCCAAAGACAGCCCAGGCACUUGGUAUAGUCGCUACAAACGAGGGUCUAUGCUUUCAUACAUAGAUGCAGAGAGCAAUCCAAUCGGCGUGGUCCAGAUGACAUUCCUGCGCUUGCUAAGUGCCUCGGCUAGGCAGAACUUUACAUAUAAUUGCUACCAGUCUGUGGCCUGGCAUGACCAGGAGCAGAACUCAUAUGACAAGGCCAUCCGCUUUUUGGGUUCCAAUGAUGAGGAGAUGUCCUAUGACAACAACCCAUUCAUUAGUGCUAUCGUCGACGGAUGUGCGUUGAAAAAGGGCUACGAAAAGACUGUUCUUGAAAUCAACACACCCAAAGUGGAGCAGAUACCGUUCGUCGACAUCAUGUUCAACGACUUCGGUGGAACAACGCAGAAGUUUGGCUUUGAGGUCGGCCCGGCCUGCUUUAUUGGCUAAGACUGUUUACUGAAUGCACCAAAAAACCAAAUGAACAUUCAUUCAGUCAGAAACCAAACACAAGAAAGGAAUAGGACAACAUCUUUUAUAAAGAUUUGUGUUUCCAGAACAACAUAACAAGCCUGUAGAAAGGAUAAAAGAAAUUUGGGAAAGAAACAAAUGGAUUUUUAAGGGAAAAAACUAUCAAAAUCUGUAACCUUUUAAACCUCAGAGUACCCUCUCCGUCACAUGCAAGUUUUGAAACUGGAGGAGUUUGAAUGCUAGCUAGCUUACUCUGUGUAUGAAAUGAAAUGCCAUGUUCUGCCCACCAUCUGACCGCCCGUGGUUUAUAGGUGUAGGACAGAACAGCAAUAUUUCUACAUGGAAACAUCCUCACAUGCUUGCCUAGUUGUAGCUUUGCCAGGUUCUUGCUUUUUUAGUCAUACUUCUAUUCUGUCCAGUUACUCUAAACAGCUUUCCUUUGUGCAUAUUUGUUUUUUCAUUCCCCAGUAU